AUGGGUGAUGUGCAGAAGGGGCUGCUCUCUGUCAUCCAGAAGCUGAAGGGUUCACAGGAGCAGGAGCUCCGCAUCGUCCUGCUGGGGCUGGAUAACGCAGGCAAGACGACGCUGCUGAAGCACCUGGCGUCCGAGGAGGUCAGCACCAUCACCCCCACACAGGGAUUCAACAUCAAGAGCGUCCACUCCCACGGUUUGAAGCUGAAUGUUUGGGAUAUCGGGGGGCAGCGCUCCAUCCGCCCAUACUGGAAGAAGUAUCUGGGCAGCACAGACCUGCUGAUUUAUGUCAUUGACAGUGCCGACCAGAAGCGUUUCGAGGAGACAGGGCAGGAGCUGGCAGAGCUCACAGAGGACGAGAACCUCACGGGGGUCCCGCUGCUGGUGUUUGCCAACAAGCAGGACCUGGUGACUGCAGCACCCGCAGCUGAAAUCGCAGAAGGGCUGAGCCUCCACACCUACCGGGACCGGGAGUGGCAGAUCCAGGCCUGCUCAGCCCUGUCUGGGGAAGGGGUGCAGGAUGGAAUGAACUGGAUUUCCAGCCAGAUCAUGAACAGGAAGAAGUGA